AUGGAUUCGCAGGCAAACAAGGCGCACAGACCAUCGCAGUCGGGUGCGAAGGCGGAGAAAAAGAAGGCGUCCAAGGGCAAGGGAAAGGAGAAGCAGCACGGCUUCAACGAAAAGGCUUUUGCGCCCAAAUCUGGCAGGAGAGCAGACAAACAAGGUCGGCGCACUGCAGAGCGCGACCAGACACGUCUCCAUGUCCCGCUCGUCGACCGCACGCCUGAUGACCAGCCGCCGCCCGUCAUUAUCGCCGUGGUUGGCCCUCCCGGCGUCGGCAAGACCACCCUCAUGAAGUCUCUCAUUCGGCGGUACACCAAGCAAACCCUCAACCACAUUCACGGGCCCGUCACCGUCGUCAGCGGGAAGAAGAAGCGUCUCACAUUCAUCGAGUGCAACAACGACCUUAACUCCAUGAUCGACGUCGGGAAGAUUGCGGACCUCGUCCUACUCAUGAUUGACGGCUCGUACGGUUUCGAGAUGGAAACCUUCGAGUUCCUUAACAUCUUGCAGUCGCAUGGGUUCCCGAAGGUCAUCGGAGUACUCACCCACCUCGACCUCAUCAAGAAGGCCGCUACGUUGAAGGACACGAAGAAGACCUUGAAGAAACGCUUCUGGACGGAGAUCUACCAAGGAGCCAAGCUAUUCUACCUCUCCGGCGUCCUGAACGGCCGCUACCCCGACGCCGAGAUCCUCAACCUGUCCCGCUUCAUCUCCGUGAUGAAGUUCCGCCCCCUCGUAUUCCGCAACACACAUCCGUACAUGCUCGCGGACCGCUUCGAGGAUCUCACUCCUCGAGAGGAGGUCCGACAGUCCGGGGGCAAGUGCGACCGGACCGUCACCGUCUACGGCUACCUCCGUGGCACGAAUUACCGUCAGGGCACCAAGGUACACGUUCCUGGUGUUGGAGACCUCGAGGUGAAGAGCGUUCAGAUUCUCGGUGACCCUUGUCCGCUUCCAGAUGCCGCUUCGGAGAAGCGGAGGAAGCUCAGUGAGAAGAAGAAGCUCCUCAUUCACGCACCCAUGAGUGAUGUCGGCGGCGUCAUUUACGACAAGGAUGCUGUCUACAUUAACGUGCCGGGUAACUUCACGAAGGGUGGGAUGGAAAACCCGGGCGAAGGCGAGCAGAUGGUUCUGGACCUCCAGGGCGUCAACAGCACCCUCGACGACCAGGUGGCGAAAAGUCAAAUCAGGCUGUUCGGGUCGUCCUCCCAGCCGCUCUCCGUGGAGGCUGGUCCUAGUCGGCUUCCCUCUGACGACGACGAGGAUGGGUCGGACGAGGACGAAGGUUCUAGCGAGGAGGAUGAGGAUGCGCUUAGCGAUGAGGAGGACCUCGGCUCGGAGGAUGGGGACGAGUUCUCAGACGACGGCUUCGAGGACGACGAUGAGGAUGCAGCAGAAGACCACGGUCGCGCGGCGCCGCGGAAUGUACGGCGGGCAAUGCAGGGCCUCUCAUCUCAAAAUCGGAAGCGUUGCGACGUCGAUUACGCAGAUAGCGACUCGGACAUGGGUGGAGAGGACGACGAGGACGACCCGGGGCCGUCGCGAAGAUUCGUCCGCUUUGACGGCGACGAGGCCGUGGACGUACCGAGUGAUGACGGGCUCGAGGAGGAGGCAUCUGAAGACGAGGACGUGCCCCGGUGGAAGGCCAACCUCAGCGAGAAGGCGCGGACCGCGUUCGAGGACUCAAAUCGUUCGAGGAAGCGUAGGGAUUGGGUGAAACUCAUCUAUCAUUCUACUGCGUCACCCGACGCGAUCUUGGGCCAGAUGAGGGCUAGCGAGCCUUCGUCUCAGGGUCCGUCCAUGGACGACGACGACUUCUUCACCGUCGCCAACAGCGCACCUGCGAAGACGGAGGAGGAGCUCGACCAGACCAAGGAGCCAGUCAACCUGGACGACCUGAAGGCGUGGGAGGACGAGGAGCUCCUGGACUCGAUCCGCGACCUCUUCAUCACGGGGUCGUCGUCACAGCCUGCGGAAGGCGUCGACGAGAACGGGGAGCCAUACGAGGACGAGGAGGGCGCGGACGGCUCACAAGCUGGCGACGAGGACGGCGAGGGCGAGGGCGGCAAAGACGCGGCGACGCUCGCUGCGAAGAAGGCGGAGCUGAAGCGCAAGUUCGACGAGCAAUACGACGAGCCCGACGCGGCCAAGGCCGACUUCUACACGGAGAUCAAGGACGCCAUGGCUCAGCAGCAGCAGCUUAACCGCGCCGAAUUCGAGGGCGUCGAUCCCGAGGCGCGUGCUCUCAUCGAGGGCCACCGGCCCGGGACGUACAUCCGGAUGGAGCUCACAGACGUGCCCGCGGAGAUGGUCGAGAACUUCGACCCCUCAUAUCCGAUCGUCGUCGGCGGGCUCUUGCCCGCGGAGGAACGCUUCGGGUACGUGCAAGUGCGCAUCAAGCGGCACCGGUGGUUCGCGCGGACGCUCAAGACGAACGAUCCGCUCAUCUUCUCCCUUGGCUGGCGGCGGUUCCAGACGGUGCCGAUCUACUCGCUCGACGACCACUCGAUCCGGAUGCGCAUGCUCAAGUACACGCCAGAGCACAUGCACUGCUACGCGACGUUCUACGGGCCCGCUGCGCUCCCGAACACGGGCUUCUGCGCGUUCAACGCACUCGGGCGGGAGGCGCCUGGGUUCCGGGUCAGCGCGACGGGCGUGGUGCUCGACAUCGACCGGUCGACGCGGAUUGUGAAGAAGCUUAAGCUUACGGGUGUGCCGUACAAGAUCUUCAAGAACACGGCAUUCAUCAAGGACAUGUUCAGCAGCGCGCUCGAGGUCGCCAAGUUUGAGGGUGCGAACAUCCGCACCGUGUCUGGUAUCCGUGGCCAGAUCAAGAAGGCGCAGCCCAAGCCAGACGGGGCCUUCCGUGCGGCGUUCGAGGACAAGAUCCUGAUGAGCGACAUCGUGUUCCUGCGUGCGUGGUACUCCAUCCAGCCGCGCAAGUUCUACAACCCGGUGACCUCGCUGCUCCUCUCCGAUAAGGAGCAUUGGCAAGGCAUGCGGCUGACGGGCCAAGUGCGGCGCGAACAAGGCCUCAGCGCACCCACGGAUGUCAACUCGAUAUACAAACCGGUCAAUCGGCCCCCGCGCCGGUUCAACCCGCUCAGGGUGCCGAAGAAGUUGCAGGCCGCGCUGCCGUACGCGUCGAAGCCGAAGGUCAUGAAGGCGGCGCACCGCCCGACGUACAUGCAAAAGCGCGCGGUCGUCCUGGAGCCGGAGGAGAAGAAGGCGAUGGCAUUGUUGCAGCAGGUGCGCGCGCUGCGGAAGGAUCAGGUGGCGCGACGGCGUGAGAAGCAGGAAGAGCGUCGCACCGUGCAUCGGAAGAAGGUGGCGACAGAGGAGGCGAAGAAGAGCGAGAAGGACAAGGAGAAACGUAAGGAAUACAUGCGCGCGGCGGGGAAGAAGACGAAACGCGAGGCGGACGCGUUGGAGGGUGGCAGGGGUAACAAAAGGCGGAAGACAUAGAUGCCGUGCCGGUGUGGCGACAUCGCCGCCCGUAUUGUUCUGCAAAGUACACGGGUGAGUCUUGCGCGACAGUGUGGCUCGACAUUGCCUGAAGCGUCUGAAGGGCA